CACUGAACGCCCCGCACGUGCCACUGCUUUUAUCCACACAUGGCGGCGACCUCGCCAGCGCCGAUGAGGGCCGUCGCCGCCGCGUUUACCCCGCCUCCGUUAUCUCAGAGGAUCACCCGUAUCUCUACCGUGUCUGCCGUCCACCUUCACCAAUGCCGCGCAGCUCACCGGUGGCGCCCUGCACAGUGCCGCGGGAAGCCGGCCGUCAGUGGCGUGGCCGAGGACGACGAGGAGGACACUUCGCGGGAGGCUUUAAAUCUUGAGGAAAAAGAGGAGGAGUCCGCGGGCGCGGGGAGCUGGGGGCUGGGGUGGUUCAGGCUUGAUGAGGUUGGGAUGGACAUCCUGGGCAUCGCCGUGCCCGCCGUGCUUGCACUCGCCGCCGACCCCGUCACGGCGCUCGUUGACACCGCCUUCGUCGGACAUAUCGGCUCGGUUGAACUUGCUGCCGUUGGUGUAUCCAUAUCUGUUUUCAACCUGGUGUCCAAGCUGUUUAAUGUGCCACUGCUUAAUGUCACCACAUCCUUUGUUGCUGAGCAGCAAGCAGUGGAUGCCAAGUAUAGUGGCGUAGGAGAAAGAGAUGGAGUGUCGAGUACCCGAGAGCAGGCUAGUGAAAAAAGGAAGUUUCUCCCAGCGGUGUCAACAUCCUUGGCUUUAGCUGCUGGAAUCGGGUUGAUGGAAAUGGUGGCACUUAUUGUUGGAUCUGGCACACUAAUGGACAUCGUUGGUAUACCUGUCGAUUCACCGAUGCGAGCACCGGCAGAACAGUUUCUUACUUUAAGGGCAUAUGGUGCUCCACCAGUCGUAGUAGCACUUGCAGCACAAGGUGCAUUUCGUGGUUUCAUGGAUACAAAGACACCUUUGUAUGCUGUGGUUGCUGGCAACCUAGUAAAUGCAAUACUGGAUGCCAUAUUUAUCUUCCCACUUGGUCUAGGUGUAAGUGGCGCUGCAUUGGCAACUGUAACUUCUGAGUACUUGGCGGCAUUCAUCCUCCUAUGGAAGCUGAAUAACGAACUAAUCCUGUUCUCAUGGAAUGUCAUUGGCAGUGACAUCAUCCGCUACCUGAAAUCUGGUGCCUUGCUAAUUGCCAGGACCAUCGCAGUAAUCCUUCCAUUAUGGCUGUCGACAUCCCUGGCCGCAAGACAAGGGCCUGUUCCAAUGGCUGGCUAUGAGAUAAGCUUGCAAGUCUGGCUAACAAUUUCUCUACUUAAUGAUGCACUGGCUCUUGCUGGUCAGGCUCUGCUUGCAAGUGAAUAUGCGAAAGGGAACUACAAGCAGGCCCGCUUGGUUUUGUACAGGGUUCUGCAGAUUGGAGGUGUCACUGGUCUUGCACUUGCUGCAACCUUGUUCCUUGGGUUUGGAUAUUUGACCUUGCUGUUUACAGAUGAUCCAGCAGUUCUAGAUGUUGCGCAGUCUGGAGUCUGGUUUGUCACUAUUACUCAGCCGAUAAAUGCUAUUGCUUUUGUGUUUGAUGGGCUCUACUACGGUGUUUCUGACUUCGGCUAUGCCGCAUACUCCACACUUUUCGCGGGGGUCGUCGCCUCAGCCUUCCUCCUUGUCGUUGGUCCCAACUUUGGUCUUGGUGGUGUAUGGGCUGGUCUUACUCUCUUUAUGGGUCUGCGAGCAGUUGCCGGGUUCUGGAGGUUAGGGAGCAAAGGUGGACCAUGGGAAAUAGUCUGGUCAAAGACUGAUUAAUAUACCAAGAAUACGUAGGAAGCAUUUUGAGGCAAUCACAGCGCUACAUUUUAAGGUCAUAGUCAUAGUGCAUGACCGUGGAUGUUGAAUGGUUCGAUCUCAAACAGAGCAAGGAUCAGCAGAAGGAAGAAAACCUAGGCGGAUAGUGUCAGUCAUUUGUAACACAAGAAGAGGCACUGUUUUAUCUCAAAAGGAAAAGAGACGAAGAGGGACUGCUUCUGCAGUAGGACAGACGAGAGGCUGCAGAAGGUGGGUAGGUGUUCCCUCUUGCUGUGUCUGCUGCAGGAGGUUGUUUCUCCCUUCCACUGUACAAGGAAGCUGUGUACAGAAGUACUAGAUACACAAAGGCCUCCCAUAUAUUUUUCUUCCUUUGUGCCAUGUAGGAGUGAAUUUGCCAUAUUUUCUUCAGAUAUGCAAGUGAACAGAUGAUGGAGUA